CUCUGUCGAAUUUCUUUCCUUCAGGAUCGAUAUCCUUAACGUUGAAAAUAUCUUCAAAUAACACCCCCGCCAUGCUCUUGAAUACACGUUUACCAUAUGACAAAGCGGAAGUACUAAACGAACAAAUCCAUGAACAAGUGGUAAACGCUACAUCCGGUCCAAAGGUUUCAUACGUCGAUCAUUUAAAAAUUGUCAAAUAUAUUUAAAACACUGUCGUAGAACACGAAACCUAAAUUAAACAUAAAAUGAUUUUAGGAGUAGGAUAUCAUCAUGGCGACUCUACCUCCAAGAAAAAAUCCCACUCCUACCAAAAUUUCAAAACAGCAUUUGUCGCCUUUACAAAUUUUGUUGCAGAUGGGUUUCCCCAAACAUAGAGC